AAAUUAACAACCUUAAAGCAUUAAAAAAAUAGAGGGUUCAUCUUCUAGUCCAUAUGAUCAAGUUUGAGAAUAAAUCAUUUUAAAAUUCUACAGGCAUACUAGUAUUAAUUAUAUAAAUUAUUUAGAAAGAAAUUGGUGAAUAUGUUUAUAAUUUAAAUGAUGUGAUUGGAACAGGAGAAUUCAGUUCAGUCUAUAAAGGUCUGAAUUAAAAUACAAAUGAGAUUGUGGCUAUCAAGAUUAUUGAUAGGAAAAGCAUUUAAAACAAUUAAAUUUUUCGAAAUUUAUUAGUUAAUGAAAUAAAUAUCCUUAAAUCAGUGGAUAAUAAAUGUUUGCUUAAAUUAUACAAAUACCUUGAAACAAUAAAUGAUAUCUAUAUUGUAACUGAAUAUGUUUUGAUGGUAAAUAAUCAUUAUAUUUUUUAGGUGAUUUACAAUCUAUAAUAGAAAAAAAAGGAUAUCUACCAGAACAUAAUGCAGUAAAGAUUUUAAAGUAUCUUAUUAAAGCCUUACUUUAUUUAAAGGAAAGAAAUAUUGUCCAUAGAGAUAUUAAGACAUAAAAUAUUUUAGUUUCAAAUUAAAUACCUAAAUUAGCAGAUUUUGGAUUUGCAAUUGAUUUAAAUCCACGUUAUACAAAGUAUGUAUUUAGUAUAUGUAGAGAAGUUUUAUAAAUAGGAACUCCAUUAUACAUGGCCCCUGAAAUAUAUUCUUAUUAUCAAUAUUCUUCAAAAACAGAUUUAUGGGCACUUGGUAUAGUAUUUUAUGAAAUGUUGUUUGGUAUGAAAUUAUGAAAUAAAUAGGAAAGGUACCAUUUAAUGCUAAGAAUCCUAAAGUACUUGAACUUAUGUUUUAACUUCAUAGAAGAAGUUAAACAAUUUAAUUUGACAAUAGACCCUAAAAAAUCACAGAUGCAGCCUAAGAUUUUAUUAAUUCCAUAUUGGUGAUUGAUCCUAAAUAAAGAUUUGAUAUAUCAUAGGCUGCAUAGGCUGCGAAUCAUCCACUUAUAUAAAGUACUUUUUAUUUUUCUACGAGAUCCACAUCCACAUGCGAAUAAAUAAAAUUGAUGUAUUUGUUAAUAAUUAUCAACCAAAUUAUUAUCAAAGCUAUUUAGAAAACAAAAAACUUUCUUCUCCUUUUUUUAAUAAAAUUUUAAAGUUUUCAGUUCAUAUCAAUUCAAUAGAAUAAAAUCGAAAAAAUUAAGAAUAUUUUAUAUUAUGAAUUUAUAAAGUAAUAGGGAUUCUUGCUUAUUAUUAAUAUUAUUUCAAAAUCAACUUAGUAUGAUUAUCUAUAUUUAUUAUCUAAUUUUAUCUUAAACUUAAGUAUCGGGAUUGUAAUUAUUAUAAUUAAGGUACAAAAUCUUCUUAUGUUUUAAAAAUAGUUCUAAGAUCAAAAAAUUGAGUGA